AUGGAUGGUGCCAUGGGGCUUCGGGUGCUGCUGUGCACAUCCCUGGUGUCCCUCCUCACCCUACAGGCUGUGCCUGCUUGGGGUGCACCCAAAAGGCCCAAAGGCAGCGAGAAGCGACAGGCUGUGGACACAGCUGUUGAUGGCGUGAUCAUCCGGAGUUUGAAAGUCAACUGCAAAGUCACCUCUCGCUUCGCGCACUAUGUCAUCACCAGCCAAGUGGUCAACAGUGGCAAUGAAGCCAAGCAAGUGGCCUUCGAUGUAGAGAUUCCCAAGACAGCUUUCAUCAGCGACUUUGCCAUCACAGCAAAUGGAAAAGCAUUCAUCGGAGACAUAAAGGACAAAGUGACUGCAUGGAAACAGUACCGGAAAGCGGCCAUCUCAGGAGAGAAUGCUGGCCUUGUCAGAGCCUCAGGAAGAACAAUGGAGCAAUUCACCAUCCACGUCACCGUUAGUCCCCAGAGCAAGGUCAUGUUCCGGCUGACCUACGAGGAGGUGCUGAAGCGAAGACUUAAGCAGUACGACAUUGUCAUCAAAGUCAAGCCCAGGCAGUUGGUGCAUCAUUUUGAGAUUGACGUGGACAUCUUUGAGCCUCAAGGGAUCAGCAAACUGGAUGCCCAGACCUCCUUCCUUCCCAAGGAACUGGCGACCCAACUCAUCAAGAAGUCUUUCUCAGGCAAAGAGGGUCAUGUGCUUUUCCGCCCCACCGUGGGCCAGCAGCAAUCCUGUCCCACAUGCUCUACAACCUUGAUGGAUGGGGACUUCAAGGUGACCUAUGAUGUCAGUCGAGAAAGGCUCUGUGACCUCCUGGUCGCCAAUAACCAUUUUGCCCACUUCUUUGCCCCCCAAAACCUGACAAAUCUGAAUAAAAACGUAGUUUUUGUGAUUGACAUCAGCGCCUCCAUGGAAGGCCAGAAAGUGAAGCAGACCAAGGAGGCACUCCUUAAAAUCCUGGGUGACUUGCGGCCGGGAGACUACUUUGACCUGGUCCUCUUUGGGUCUGAUGUACAGUCAUGGAAAGGCUCUCUUGUGCAGGCAUCUGCUGCCAAUGUGCAAUCAGCUAAGAACUUCGUUCGGCAUUUCUCCUUGGCUGGGGCCACAAACCUAAAUGGAGGUUUGCUCCGGGGAAUUGAGAUCUUGAACAAAGCUCAGAGAAGUAUCCCAGGACUCACCGACCAUGCCCCAAUUCUCAUCAUGUUGACAGAUGGCGAGCCCACAGAGGGGGUGACAGACCGUUCUCAAAUCCUCAAGAACAUCCGAAAUGCCAUCGGGGGCAGGUUCCCGCUCUACAACUUGGGCUUUGGCCACAAUGUGGACUUGAACUUCCUGGAGGUCAUGUCCAUGGAGAACAAUGGACGGGUCCAGAGAAUCUAUGAGGACCAUGACGCCGCCCAGCAGCUGCAGGGUUUCUACAGCCAAGUAGCCAACCCCCUGCUGGUGAAUGUGGAGUUGCAAUACCCCCAGGACUCCGUCUCGGACCUGACCCAGCACAGCCACAAACAAUACUACGAAGGCUCGGAGAUUGUGGUAGCUGGGCGCAUCGCUGACAACAAACUGAGCAGCUUCAAGGCUGAUGUGCAGGCCCGUGGGGAGGGCCAAGAAUUAAAGACAACCUGCCUAGUGGAUGAAGAAGAGAUGAAGAAACUACUCCAAGAGCGGGGCCACAUGCUAGAGAACCAUGUUGAACGCCUCUGGGCCUACCUUACCAUCCAGGAGCUGCUGGCCAAGCGAAUGAAGCUGGAGGGGGAGGAGAAGGCCAACCUGUCAGCCAAAGCCCUGCAGAUGUCACUGGCCUAUCAAUUUGUGACACCACUGACCUCCAUGAUCAUGAGGGGCAUGGUGGACGAGGACGGCCUGCAGCCCAUCAUUGACAAGCCACCGGAGAAUUCUCAGCCCUUGGAGAUGCUGGGACAAAGAAGGUCGUUCGUGCUGUCAGCCAUGCAGAAGCCUUCUCCAACUUACCCCACUUACGGUGUCCAGCAGUUGCCACGCCAAGUAACUGGUGUGGACACUGACCCUCACUUCAUCAUCCACGUGCCCCAGAAAGAGGACACCCUGUGCUUCAAUAUCAACGAAGAGCCUGGUGUGGUCCUGAGCCUGGUUCAGGACCCCAACACAGGCUUCUCAGUGAAUGGACAGCUCAUUGGCGACAAGUCCAGGAGUCAUGGGCAGCACGAGGGCACAUACUUCGGGCGGCUGGGGAUUGCAAACCCCGCAACGGGCUUUCAGCUGGAAGUAACUCCUCAGAACAUCACACUGAACCCUGGCUCAGGAGGACCCGUGUUCUCCUGGAGGGACCAGGCUUCCCUGCGGCAGGACGAGGUGGUGGUGACCAUCAAUAAGAAGAGAAACCUAGUAGUGUCCGUGGAGGAUGGGGGCACCUUCGAGGUCGUCCUGCACCGGGUAUGGAAGGGGAGUGCCAUCCAUCAGGACUUCCUGGGCUUCUACGUGCUGGAUAGUCACCGGAUGUCGACACGGACACAUGGGCUACUGGGACAAUUCUUUUACCCCAUUGAUUAUAAAGUGUCUGAAAUCCACCCAAGCUCAGACUCCACAAAGACAGAUGCCACAAUGGUGGUGAAGAACCAUCAGCUGACAGUCACCAGAGGUUUACAGAAAGACUAUAGCAAGGAUCCCCGGCAGGGGACUGAGGUGACCUGCUGGUUCAUACACAACAAUGGAGCCGGGCUGAUUGAUGGCGUUCACACUGACUAUAUUGUUCCAGACAUCUUCUGGACCCCCUAG